AUGUUUAAUACAAUCUCAGUUUCAGUCUAAGAAUUAAGAGGAAUUCGAACUGCCUCCACUACUGGAACAUCAAGCUAUAGGGACUUUCAAAGGUUGCCACCAACCAAAACAAAUUACAAAAGGUAAUAUUUAAAAGGAGCGUCAAAUCGAGUAAAAUCAUUAAAAGAGGAGUCUCAUUUUGUUUAAUUAUGUAGUGACAGAAAAGGCAAUGAGAAACUAUUUAAAUUUAAUAGAUAAGACUAACUCUUAAACUAUAGAAAUCUUCAUCUUGGCAAAUUGUAGCCAUUAUCAAACCAAGAACAAAAUCUCGAAAAUUAAUUGCAUUAUGAAUAGUAAAAUUAAUCAUAGAUCAAUUCUCCCAAUAAUAAUUUAAGAAGUUCAGGUCUCUAACUAAUUACUGAUGAAAAGAACUAACUCAUUGAAUUAAUUUACAAUGCUUAAUCAGUGAUAUAAAAAUAAAAGAAGACUUAUUCUAACUCAUAAAAAACCGAAUGUUUGUAGAAUGGCAAAACUCAUACCUCAAUCACAGGUUCAUCACCUUAGGCUUUAAAAUGUCAAGGUUAAACAUUAGGUCAAUUAAUCGUAUCAAGCAGAAACAAAAAUGAUCUGUUUAUAAAAAGUACUUAACUUACAUCUUAUGGUUCGCUAAAAAUUACCACAUAAGAAGAAAAAUCAAGCAUUGCUCCAAAACCAAAGAUACCUACAUCUUUGGAUGGAGCUAAGAAAUUCUUAAAAUAAUUUAUUUGA